AAAGUCAAACAUUCUCUAUAAUAUCUUUUUAUAAUAUAAAUUAAAAUAGAAUGAAACUCACUUUUUAAUUAUAAAUAAUUAAUGGAAAUAGUUAAUUUUCCAUGACGUGUCAAAUUUACAUUUGAAUAAAUAAAUAAAUAAAUGAUGGUUUUCUCUAACAAAUCUCAAGAACAUUUUUUGUAAAAUCUAAAAAAAAAAAAAAUUAAAUUAUUUGGAUGUCGAAAAUAUCAAAGAAAUGCCAUUUUGAAGGUAGAAGCAUCCUAUGUUUUAGGCCAAAAGUUUUAAGAAAGAAAAUUUUCUAAGUAGCAACUUUUUUUUCUUUUUAUUAUUUUUUUAACUUUAAGAGUGAAGAUAUUCAUUAAUCAUUAUUAAAACACCAAUUACAAAGGAAUAGACGAUAUCCACGAAACUCGAAAUAAAUAAACUCAAAUUUUGAAACUUAGUAAACGGUAGAUUUUGCAAGUCUUCCCCCCACUGAUCUACACAAUCACAUUAGUCCACAUAAAACUUGAAAUCCAUCAUUCAACCUCUUGAAUUAUUGGCACAUAAUAUACUCAUUCUUGAAGUAUAGUUGAAUAUUAGCACUUGUAAUUAAUGCAUGCAUGUCAAAUUCCACUAAGAAAUAGUAAAAUUGGUAAAUUUUGGAGGAAUUCCACUACUGAAUAGAAUAAUUACAUUACUCUACUCUAUAUAUAGGUCUUGAAGGAUUGUAUUUAUUAUAUCUAUUCUUGGAAUUAACUAAAACUUUGUUGCCAGUAUUAUGGAUAGAUUUACUCCUGAACUUCUUGUGUUCAUGGUGAUUUAACUUUACAUGAGACAUGUCUCUGCAUUUGAUCAGGUGCAAACAAGUUGAAAGAGAAGCACUUCUGAAGUUCAAAGAUGGGCUCUACGAAUCAAAUGACUAUGUUGCUCCUCUUCUUUCUUCUUGGGGGAGUGAAGUAGAGAAAAGAGAGUGUUGCAAUUGGGUUGGAAUUCGUUGCGACAACAACUCCGGUCAUGUCAUCAUGCUCGACAUUUCACCUUCAACUUUUGGCCAAAGUGAUGAUUAUGGGUUGGCUCUUGAAGGUAAAUAUAUAAGUUCUUCACUACUUGAGUUGCAAUAUUUGAGCUAUUUGCGUCUUAGUUCUAUUUAUUGGGAGAAAAUUCACAUCCCAAGUUUUAUUGGUAGUCUUAGCAAAUUAUUGUACCUCAACCUUUCUAACAACUUCAUGAGUGGAAAAAUUCCUCAUCAACUCGGAAACCUUUCUAGUUUGCAAUUUCUAGAUCUUAGUGGUAAUGAUUUUAUUAUAAGAAAUCUGGAUUGGAUUUCUACCCUUUUUUCUUUAAGACAACUUGACUUAAGUCGAAUGGACUUGACAAAAAUGAAUAAUCUGAUGCAACCAAUAUGCAAACUCCCCCACCUAACAAAUUUGAAGUUAAGUGAGUGUGGUCUUCAUGAUAUAGCACCUUCAUUUCCUUCUCUCAUUAACUCUUCAAAAUCUAUUUCUACUCUUGGUCUUUCUGGGAAUUAUCUAUCUCUUGAUACACACCAAAGAUUGUUUAGCUUCCUUCCCAAUCUUGUUCAUCUUGAUCUCUCUUAUAACAUGUUAAGUUCCAUUCCACAAUUUUUUGGGAACAUGACUACUAUAACAUACCUUGAUCUUUCUCAUAAUGGAUUAAUAGGUUCAAUUCCAACAUCUUUUGGAUGUUUGACUGCUCUAAUGUACCUUGAUCUUUCUUCUAAUAGCAUAAAUGGUUCAAUCCCACACACUUUUGGAAACAUGACUAGCCUUGGAUACAUUUCUAUAUCUAGAAAUGAAUUACAAGGUUACAUUCCAAAUGGUUUUGGUAACAUGGUUUCACUUACAUAUCUUGAUCUCAGUUCUAAUCAAUUACAAGGUUGUAUACCCAAUGAUUUUGGAAACAUAAUUGCCUUAGAACACCUUGAUCUUGGAUUUAAUCAUCUCAUAGGUGAAAUUCCUAAAUCACUUUGGAAUAUAUGUACACUGCAAAGAUUUGAGGCAGGUGCCAACAAUCUUAGUGGAUGGCUCCCUAAUCUUAGUCAAUUGUCAUCUAAGUCUUGUGCACAUUAUUGCUUAGAGUAUUUAGGUUUGUGCUGCAACAAAAUGACUGGAUUAUUUGUCGAUGAUACACUAUUUUCAUCUUUGAAAGAGUUGCGGCUUAAUCUAAAUCAACUACAAGGAAUUGUACCUGAAAGUAUUGGCAAUUUAAGACAUUUGGAGAUUUUGGAUCUAUCUGAGAAUUCUCUAGAAGGUGUGAUUGGUGAAGCUCAUUUUUCAAAACUCUCAAGAUUGUAUUAUCUUGAUUUAUCAUUUAAUUACCUACAAAUGAAUGUAUCUCCUGAAUGGAUUCCUCCCUUUUAUUUACAAUAUAUGGGACUUGCAAAUUGUAGAGUUGGGCUUAAGUUUCCAAAGUGGCUGCAAAAUCAAAGCAAUCUAUCACAUAUAGAUGUUUCAAAUUCUGGAAUUUCACAAUCUAUUCCCAGUUGGUUUUGGAAUUUCACUUCUCAAUUAUCUUUUGUGAAUCUUUCUAACAACCAAAUUAGUGGAGAAGUAGUGGAAGAUUAUUCAUCAAUGCAGAAUCUUACUGAGGUGGAUUUAAGUUCAAAUUAUUUUGUUGGUCCCAUACCAAUUUUUUUAUUCAGAGCAGAAGCAUUAUAUCUUUCCAGAAAUAAAUUUUCAAGUCUAAAUGCCAUUUGCAAUGUUACUUAUCAGUACUUAUCGUUUCUAGAUAUCUCUGAUAAUCAAUUGACUGGGGAGCUUCCAAAUUGUUUUUCGAAACAUAAAGCCAUACAAAUUCUCAUUUUGUCAAACAAUAAGCUAUCAGGAAAAAUUCCUAAUUCUAUUGGAAAUUUAUCUUGGAUUAGCACAUUACAUUUGAGCAAAAACAAUUUUGUUGGGAAACUGCCUUCAUCCAUGAAAAAUUGUCGCGAAUUGGAAGUUCUUGACUUAGGAAAUAACAGAUUAGAAGGGCCAAUACCAAUGUGGAUCGGAAAAAGUCUUCAACAACUUAUUAUUCUUAGUUUAAGAUCCAAUCAUUUUAAUAACAAAAUGCCCACAAAUCUAGAUCAUUUGGUACAUCUUCAAGUGUUGGAUUUGUCUCUAAAUGACAUAUCUGGAAACAUACCAACUUGUAUUGGUAACUUUACUUCAAUGAAAAACAAUGAAGAUGAUAGUUUUAUUGACUAUACAACUAUUACCCAUUCUGGAAAUGGAAGCUCCUCCUAUGACGAUGAAAUUUCGUUGACCUGGAAAGGAAGUCUAUCUGAGUACAAAAGUACUCUUCGACUUGUAAAGAUGAUUGAUCUUUCGAGCAACAAGUUGACAGGAGAACUUCCAAGAGAAAUUGUUGAACUUAAUGGUUUGGUUUCUUUGAACUUGUCAAGAAACAAUUUAAGUGGGAAAAUUCCUACUCAGAUUGGGAAGUUGGUAUCUCUAGAUGCUCUUGAUUUGUCAAGGAACAACUUUUCAGGAAAAAUUCCUUCAACAUUAUCAGAAGUGGAUCGUCUCAAUACAUUAGACUUGUCCAACAAUAAUUUGUCUGGAAAAAUUCCAACAGGCCCUCAACUCCAAACUCGAGAUGAAGCUGCAUAUAUGGGGAAUCCGGAACUCUGUGGAUCCCCACUUCAGAAAAAAUGUCCAGGUGAAGAAGAAGAACCUACUACUUCUAAGCUUGGUGGACACCUAGAAAAUGAAGAUGCAUUUAUAAGUAAAGGAUUUUUCAUCAGCUUAGCAGUUGGAUUUAUGGUUGGAUUUUGGGGAAUCUGUUGCACUUUAAUCUUCAAGAAAUCUUGGAGAUAUGCAUUUUUCAACCUCUUGAAUGAUGUAGAAGAUUGGACGUACGUAAAUGCACAAGUAAUAAGGCGAAAAUACUACAAUUGAUAAAAAAUUGUCAGAGUGUUCUUUGGCAGGAGAUACAUCCUUCAUUUGGAGAGAGUAGCACUUGUUGUGGACUUUUCUUCAUAAAAUAAGUUGUAAAGUUAAAACUAUGUUGAGCUAUUUGUUGUGUGGAAUUGUAGCUUAUUUGUUGUCUGGUUUGGGUAUUUAAAGACUGUAAUUGCUUGGCAUAAUGUGUAUUAUUCUAUCUUACUUUGCACAAACUCAUUCUCUGUAUUGUUUACUUAGAUUGUGUCAAACAGUAUGUUUUAUUCAUAAUAUUAUGUCUAUGUUUCUUUUCCAA